AUGAGUCUUAUGACAAAAAGAAUAAUAAAAGAGAUUGAGCAACUGAGAAAUGAUCCUCCGUCUUCAUUUGUGGCUUAGUGCAUUAAUAACAAUCUAUAUGAAUGGCAUUUUACAAUAAGAGGUCCAGAAAAUUCAGAUUAUGCAGAAGGAAUUUAUCAUGGUAAAAUAGAACUUCCCUUUGAUUAUCCAAUAAAACCUCCUAAUAUAUUUUUUCUUACUCCCAACGGAAGAUUUGAAGUAAAAACAAAAAUUUGCUUGAAUAUAACCAAAUUUCACCCUGAAAAUUGGAAUCCAAGUUGGACAAGUAAGGUGAUUUAAUAAUUAUUCUCUAGUCAGAACUAUGAUCGAAGGAAUUAUAUAGCAUUUCCAUGUCAAAGACUUUGCUGUUGGUUCAAUUCAAUAUACAUCUAAUUCAAUAAAAUCCUUAGCAUUGGCAAGUCAUAAAUGGGAAUGUGAUAUUUGUGGUCCCAUCAUUAAAUAUAUUGUUCCAAAACAAGUAGAAUAAUUUUAAUUUGAAAAAAAAGAGUAGCAUAAAGUCAAUUAAAACGAAGUAAUUCCUAAUUUGUUAAAUAGGUAAAAGAAGAUAAUUAGCAAACUUAGGAAGCCAACUCCAAACAUUUGAAAGAAAAUGAAAUGAAAGAAGGAAAGUAAAAGAAUGAUUUACCUGAGGAUGAUCAAGAAAUUCCAGACACAAAAGCAUAAGUAGAUGCAUUAGAGAGAUUAAUUAGGAAAAUUAUAUUUCCAGGUAUGGAAAAGGGCCAUUCUUAAUUGAAAAGUUAGCAAUUAUAGAAAGAUAGUCUUCACACAUAAAACCUGUAACAUUUUGAUCAAAGUAUGGAUAUAUCUUAUGAUAAUCAGUUUAUAGAAAAUUAGAAGAUGAGGAAAAGGUUUACGACUCUUUAGUUUUAGAUAAAAUAAAAGAUGAAGAAAUAAAUAAAAUGGAAAAUGAAAUACAAAAGGAAUUAGAGUAGAAAAAUUAUAAAAACAAAUAGUCAUCCUAAAUUAAGCUAAUAGGUUUAGUUCUUCUAAGUGUAAUAUUUGGAAUAGUAUUUGUAAAUUUUGGAGAAUUUGUUGAAUAGAAAGCUAAAGAUUGGCUGUUGCUUAAUUGA